AUGUAUAAAACAUCAGCCACUGGACUGAGGGAACAAAUAAAAACGAAAACCAACACCGCAAAUAAUGUUGCUGAGUAUUCACAACAAAAUGCUGGACAAUCGAGCAAAAAUCAUAUUGGCGGGAGUAUGGCGACGACGACAAAUCUGCAACAGCAGCAGCGUAAUAUGAAUAAAAAGCUACCCGAAAUGAAUGCCAAGGGCAUGACAAAUAAUGUUAUGCCACCACCCAAAAGUACCAGCACCGUGUCAAGGAAUAAUGUGGCUGCUGCCACAACAUCGAAAAUGUGUUCAACUGCUUCUUCUGCUCCAAAGGUGGUGGGUGAAACAUGGAAGAAACCCACCAAUCCUGUUAACACUGCUGGAUCUAAGUUACAAAACAAGGAGAAUUUGGCCGGAGGGGAGAUGAAACAGGAAAAUGGUAAAUCAAAUAAACCACAAUUAAACAAAGAACAAGAUGUGGUGGCAUCCAGUUCAACAUCAUCCUCGGCGGAGGAUCAACAAAAGACUGAAAUGAAAAAGGAUAGUAAAAAAGUCUGGUCUCUAUCUAAUUUCGAUAUUGGACGCCCUUUGGGUCGUGGCAAAUUUGGCAAUGUAUAUUUGGCCAGAGAAAAAGAAUCCAAAUUUGUGGUGGCCCUUAAGGUGUUGUUCAAACAGCAAAUACACGAAUCCAAUGUCGAACAUCAAGUUAGACGAGAGAUUGAGAUACAAUCUCAUCUAAGACAUCCUCACAUAUUACGUUUGUACGGGUAUUUUCAUGAUGAGGCGCGUAUUUACUUGAUAUUGGAAUAUGCCCCAAAGGGUACCUUGUUCAAGGAGCUGCAAGCUCAACCGCUGAAACGUUUUGAGGAGAGACAAUCGGCAAUUUAUAUCAAGUCCCUGGCAUCGGCAUUGCAAUAUCUACACGAACGUGAUGUCAUACAUCGUGAUAUUAAACCGGAAAAUUUAUUGCUCGGACAUAAGGGCGAUUUGAAAAUUGCCGAUUUUGGUUGGUCUGUGCAUGAGCCGAAUUCAAUGCGAACCACCUUGUGCGGUACACUGGAUUAUUUGCCACCCGAAAUGGUCCAGGGUAAACCGCACACCAAAAAUGUUGAUCUCUGGAGUUUGGGUGUGUUGUGCUAUGAGUUGUUGGUGGGAAGGGCUCCCUUUUUGGCCACCGAAUAUGAUGAUACAUAUAAGAAGAUUAUAAAAGUCGAUUAUAAGCUACCCGAUCAUGUGACAAAGGCAGCGGCCCAUUUCAUAUCGAAACUGUUGGUAUUGAAUCCGCAACAACGUUUGCCAUUGGAUCAGGUAUUAAUACAUCCAUGGAUUUUGGCUCAUACCCAGUGA